AACGAUAUUGGAUGUACACGGGGCAAUUUUGAUUACUCUAGGUCAAUUCCAGCCUUUUAUGCGUUAGUUAUCGCUCGUCGAUUUGGAGAUUGUAACCUUUCUAAUUUUGUGUUUUACUUUUUGAGUGAGAUGAUUUCUGGAGAGAAAUAUAAUUCUUUGUAGCUUAUAGUUGGUGGGAUUGAUUCAUAAGCCACAAUUAUAGUAUGAAUUAGCAUUUGCAGCUGCCCAUGGUUUGAAAACUGGUAGAAACUGACUAAAUCUCCAUACUUUCUACACACUUUGGUGGUUCAGAUUCACUUUCCUAUCUCAUAAUCCACCCGGUUUUCUGACGUAUAUCCUCAAGCUGGGUGUACGUAAGUGUACAUGAACCUGAAGGAAUUCCAACACCCAGUGGAGGUAUAGUUUUUUUAUAUGACUUCUACUCGGCAUUGGUUUCUUUUCGCAUAGCACAUAUGUGUAGUGAACUCGACUAUGCAGCACACUUGUCCAUGUUUUUACCCACAAAUCCCAGGUCCAGAAAAAGAUUCUCCGAUAGAACUCAUGUUGCAACCGAAAACAUCCCACUUUUUCCCAAUUUGCCCAUUUUUGAACAGAAAACUGCUCACAUUUUUUACCCACACAAUCCAGAUCUGAGAAAAUUCUUAUGUGUGUUUUAUAUAUUUAUCACCAAUCAUGUGCUAAAAUGUGUUUCUUUAGGUAAAGUAAAUAUCGACAAAUGAAGAUUCCACUGCGGACGUAUUUCUUUUGGAAUUAAAAUCUUAUCCUUUUUGAGAAGUGGUUUCACCGUACUGAAUGAAAUUCACUUAUAGCAGCCUCAAUCUGAAAAGCGUAUAUUGCAUACCGACAUGGGCUUGUUAAAUAGCACCAUUAAAUCCGAGAGUCUCCAAUGUCUGUUUGAGGAAUCUGAACGAAGAAUCAAAGCGGAAGAUAAUUUCCACUGUAGUCCAUUCAGAUCCAUAUUCGUCUUUCUCCAGUCCGUACAUGAGUCAUCUUUUAACCAAAGGAGAUUGGUUUUCCGCCACUUUGUUCGCCUGUUAAAUCACAAUUUCGAUGAAAUUCGUGAAGGUUUUAUCACAGUUAGGACCUAUGAUAUCAGGUUUGAUUAUGUGCACAAUAACCGUAAUGUUGUUCUGUCUUGGCCACUUCAUGGUUUGCGUUGGUAUGGGAGUAACAAAUAUUUAUUUGUGUUCGAGUCUGGUCGUCGAUGUCAGCUUGGUCCAGCUCUGUUCAUGUUUAAGUGUAAACGGCCUCAAAAGCUUGUUGACCGCGUUGAAAAGCAAAUAAAUUUGUUAUCGUGCCUUCACUCCAGCCUACAGUUUCUCAGCGAACCUUCAGAUCAUGUUCAAGAGUUACAUACAUAUUUGGAAACCAUGAACUCCUUACCAAGGACGUCAGUUACGAGGAAUGCAUACUCUUUACAGUCUUCAAGUGGGGAUGCAGGAGAAUCUCGUCAACUGGACUUUGAUCUGCUGUCAUCUAUAGUGUUGACCAGCGGUUCCGAUGGCUAUCUUAUACCUCGUAAUAUAUCUGAACGGCAUUCUCCGGACUCUGCUUCCGAUAUAAGGGCGUGUAACUCUCCUAUGGAGCCACUCUUACCAACGUCGGUGGAUUUACACCUCAUAAACGACAAUUAUCUCCAAGUGGUUUCUGCUUUUGACAUACCACCUAAUAGUGUUGAAAGUCCAAAUGGCUCUCAAUUCGGUCAAUAUGUUGUUUUGGCGUCCCAUCCGCAUAACAUUUCAACCGAUUCUUCAACAAAUCUCCGUUUUCCAACUGCAAUGCGUUUAAAUAAUGAAUAUGUUCAAGAUUUGGUUUAGCAACAAUAUUAAGAACAAACGCCUUCUUAUUUGUUUUGAAUUUUAAUUAUUUUUAUAAUGAAUUUGUACUGCUGUUUAUGUGAGAUAUUUUUCAAAGCUAUAUACAUGUAUCAUGGGUUGUUUACUGAUAAUAUAGUCUUUGUUAACUUGAGCUUAAAGUGUCGCUCUACCACACCGGUAAUCAAACAAUAAAUUAUUACUAUUUAACUGA